UCAUGGCCACGUGGGUUCUGCCGGAUGGCCCCAGUCCUCGAGUUACACCGACUCAACGGCCUCACCCCCUUCCAUCCCGAUCUCAAUUGCGUUCUCUUCAAGAAGAGGACCCGUUUUUUAGGGCACGAAUCCAAUAACACCUUUCAUAUCCUACGGACAGCAACCGCGAUUUCUCUCUCAAUUCCUUCCCUCUCUCACCGUACAAUUUCCUUUGUUUCCUCCAACCCCGUCUUUUCUCGUUCGCUCUCUUUCUACGGUACCUGUUUUCGGGCUCUACCAAAUUCCUUUUCUUCUGUUCGCUGUCCAUUUCGUUCCCUCUCCAGUCCAUGCAUUUGCUCAAUUUUCUUACGAAACGCAUCGGUUUUAUCAACUCGAAGCUUCUUGUAGCUCCCUCCAUUGAAUUUUAGGGUUUUAAGCUCAGAACUUUUACUGGCGUGCUUGAAUACGUCUAUGGGGCUCCCGAGAGUUUGAAUUCGGGUUUUCUAUUUAAGUGCUUUUGAUUGAGGUGCGUUAGGGUUUUUCAUUCGCUAUUGAGCUGGUGGGAAAGUCUAAGAGAGGCAUUGGUUGAGGUGGGAUGAAUAGUGUAUUCACUGAGCAGAUACUUGCAGAUAAGCUCUCCAAGCUCAACAGCACCCAGCAGUGCAUUGAAACUUUGUCACAUCUGUGUAUAUUUCACCGGAGCAAAGCAGAACUGAUUGUCACAACAUGGGAUAAACAGUUCCACGGUUCACAGAUGGUUCAGAAAGUUCCCCUUUUGUAUCUUGCAAACGACAUUCUACAGAAUAGCAAGCGCAAAGGAAAUGAAUUUGUUACCGAGUUUUGGAAGGUUCUCCCUGGUGCACUCAAGGACGUACUUGAGAAAGGGGAUGAUCAUGGAAAAAAUGUGGUCUCUAGAUUGGUUGCUAUAUGGGAAGAAAGGAGAGUGUUUGGAUCCCGCGGGCGGAGCCUCAAAGAUGUAAUGCUUGGAGAAGAACUGCCUCAACCAUUGGAGUUAAGCAAAAAAAGGUCGCGUUCAGUCAGAAUUGUAAAAAGGGAUUCACGCUCCAUUAGAACGAAAUUGUCCAUUGGAAGUAUGGCCGAGAAAAUAGUGUCGGCAUUUCACUUGGUACUCAGCGAACGUCCCAAUGAAGAUGCAGAAAUGAGUAAAUGCAAGUCUGCAGUUCACCGUGUGAGGAAGAUGGAGAAAGAUGUUGAUAUUUCCUGUCAAAAUGCUAAAGAUCCAAAGCGGAAAGAUCUGUCCAAAGAACUAGAGGAGGAAGAAAAUAUUUUGAAACAGUGCAUUGAAAAACUUAAAUCGGUUGAAGCAAGUAGAGUAGCGCUUGUAUCUCAGUUAAAAGAAGCCCUCCAUGAACAGGAGUCCGAACUGGAGAAUGUCCGGACUCAGAUGCAAGUAGCUCAGGCACAGGCAGAGGAAGCCGGCAACAUGCGGAAGCGAGUUGAUGAUGAAGAUUACGUAUCAAACCCAUCUACUGCAACCACUACAACUGAUGCGAACACAAAAGCAGAACAAACACCUAGGAAGUCAGCUGCUGCCAUUGCAGCUGAGGUUGCAGACAAGCUUGCAGCUUCUAGCUCAUCUCAACUGAUUAUGACUUCUGUUCUUUCUACAUUUGCAGCUGAAGAGGCUAAGAAUGCUGGUCUAACACAGGCCUCAGCACCACCAAAUUCACUCACCUCCAUGCCCAAUAAUUCAGGCUCCGAGUCAAUGGCAAAACCUGAAAUGUCCAUGCCAGUCUCAGAUCCUAAGGCUUUCAUGUCAGCACAGCCAUUUACCGUGCCACCAAAUCAUUCAUAUCAAUCUGUUUUGGUUCCGCAAUCAGCAAUGCAAAACCAUGCCCCAACCUCUCAAGCUCAAUAUCAUAUACUUCCCAACCCAUCCCAACAGUAUUUACAGCCAUCAGGAGGAAUCAUGGCCCCUUAUGGUUAUAAUAGCCUUGUACCCUUACCGCCAGGACCCCCACCUCCCCCACCCCAUAUGGUCAGCCCAAUCGUGCCUUUGACUUUGCAAGUAACUCAGCAGCAAACAAUACCAUUAACACAGCAACCCCCGGCACCUCCUAGUUUCCGGCCACUGCAGCCACCAGGAAUGGUGUACUAUGGUAAUCCUCGACAUUCUCAGUGACAAAGUUAAUUGAGUUUAGAUAGGCUGUUAAUCAGGUCACCUUGUUUUCAUACAUUCAUUUUUGUCUUCCUCAAAUUGGCGUUGUUGAGAUUUGCAGAUAAUUCGGAUGCCUUUAAUACCCUUAAUCGACGGAUUUAUUGAUAACUGGAAAUCAAUUGGCCCAUCGGGAUGAUUCCCCAGA